CGACGUCGCUUCUUUGAAUGACGUAGAAAAAGGGCGCCUGGUCACUCGUACAAGAUGUUCAGGAAGCCGAAUCGCAAUUUACGCGUUCGAAAAGCAGAAUCCAGUGAAGAGGAGGGAGAAGAAGAAAGAGGAAAGGAGGAAGAAAAUGAGCGGAUCCGGUCUAACAAGCAGAGAAGAGAUGGCCGCAGGGGUCUGACCUGCGCGACCAGAAAGAAGAGGGAAGAAAGAAGCGCGGAUUUUCCUGGGGGUGGUAGUAAUAAUGGAGAUGGUGAUGAUGAUGAAGAGGUGCUGGGCGGUGGGCAGAGCAGCGAGGAGGAGGAGGAUGACGACGGGGAUGGCCGUGUCAAACUGCCCAGGAGCGGCGGGCCUAGGAGUCUGCUGAGUUUCACAGAGGAGAGGGAAGGUGAAGACGUGUCGUUUAAGGUUAAGAAGCCGUCUGUGAACGCGGUAGUGUUUAGAGUGCAGAAGAAGACAGAAAAUGGAGACCAUGCAAAGAAGCAAAAUGAUGUUGUUGCUGUGCAUUCGGGGAGGGAUAGUUGUUCUGAGCCUGAAAGUGAAGCUGAAAGUGAAGAACGUGCGGAUUCCCCAACUUUGGACAAGGACUUAACAGAUUCUGAUGCCAGCAGCCCAUCUCAGUCUCUUUCUGACACAGAACCUACAGGUGAUAUCCCAGAUUUGAAAACCAUCCAAGCAGCUCGCAGACAGCGUAGAAGAGCUCGAGCCCAAGGUGACUACUUAUCGCUUGAUACGUCACAGACCAGGACAGAUUCCAGCCAGUCAGAUAGUGAUGACGAUCUUGAUGACCAUGAGAAAAGAAUCCAGUUUGCACCGGGGACCAAAACGCUGAAGGAGCAGAUGGCAGGCGAGAUAUCUUCAGGGAAUGAAUCUGGCAGGGAAGAGAAUCAGGAGGAUGUGGACUUUCAGGACAGAUGGGAGGAACAGCAGAUAAAGAAAGCAAUCAAGUUUUCACAGGCUGUAGAUGAAGAUAUGGUGCCUGUGCGACCCCCACAAAGGGUUAGAAGAGCUGCAGAGCCAAGGGUGUCCUUGCCACCAGUAACAGUGGGAGAUAUCAAAAAUAGACUCGCUGCAAGGAUUGCAUCUUUUCAAGAGGUUCACAAGUCUCAUACACAAGAGAGUGAAAAAUAUAAGUAUGAUAUUGAGAGCUCUAAACACUUGCUAGAAAAGCUUGAGAAAUCCUCAAGUGAGCAAAGCUACAAGUUUUUCAAGGAGAUGAAAUCUUAUGUAGAUAACUACGUUGACUGUCUGAAUGAAAAGAUCAGCCAGAUACAUGAACUGGAGUCUGAGAUGUUUACAGUGGUGCAUCAGAGAGCCGGACUUCAGCUGCAGCGCAGGCAAGAGGACCUCCGUAACGAGUCUGCUGCAAUUUUGAAGCUAUCUGCAGGAAUUGACAAGGAAUCGGAGAACCCAGUUGCGAACCUUUUAGAAGACUCGCGUUUGCGAAGGAGCCGAAGGCAAGAGAGGCGCGAACUCACUGGAAUUAAAGAUCAUCAUGAAGGAAUGUCUAGUGAUGAUGAGAUGCCUCCUGGAGAGGAGAAUUCUUUCCAACAAAACAGAGCCAGAAUAUGUCUUCAGAGUAAAGACAUAUUCGAUGAUGUACAUGAAGACUUUCAUCGGGUUAAGAACAUCUUAUCUAAGUUUCACGAAUGGAGAGAACGAUUUCCGGACACGUAUUAUGAUGCUUACAUUGGUUUAUGCAUCCCCAAACUACUCAAUCCAAUAAUCAGAUUGCAGCUCCUGGACUGGAACCCAUUAGAGGCCACCACCGUGCUUGAGGAUAUGGAGUGGUACGGUGAAGUUGAAGAGUUCUCUUAUGCCGGUGGAGACCCUGAAAACGGUGUUGAAGAUAAUACAGAUGUCAACAUUUUAUCAUCCGUUAUUGAAAAGUGUGUCAUUCCGAAGGUUUCAGAGUUUGUGGAGCACAUCUGGGAUCCGGUGUCAUCCACGCAGACACAAAAUUUGGUUUGUUUCUGCAAAACCUAUGUAUUGGGGGACGAGUCCAAAAAGGCAGUAGAGGGUUUGGUAGGUUGUCUUAUUUCAAGAUUAAAGAAGGCUAUUGAAGAUGAUGUAUUUAUUCCAUUGUACCCCAAAAGUGCUUUACAAGAUAAAAAUUCUCCACGGUCAAAAUUCCAAGAAAGGCAGUUUUGGGCAGCCGUGAAGAUGCUAAACAACAUUAUGUUAUGGGAUGGAUUUCUCCAAGAAGAAGCCUUGCAAGAACUUGGAGUGGACAAACUGCUCAAUCGCUACCUCCUCUUAAUACUCUUGAAUGCGACUCCUGACUCUGAUAUGGUCAACAAGUCUAGAAAGGUUGUGGAAUGUCUCCCACAGAGUUGGUUUAAAGGUCUUGAUAGUGGAUCCACUCUACCUCGCUUGGCAAAUUUCAGCAAACACCUACUACACAGCGCGCAUGCACUGCACAAGUUAAAUGACGGUGAAAACGUGGCCGUUCUGGUGUCUCUGCUAAAGAAGAUCAAAGCUUUUGGUUAUGUGGAUGAACUUGUCAGUAAAUAUAACCUGAAGAUCUGAAAUGAUUCGCUUAACGGACACGUGUUUGCCCAAUAUGUUUUAUUUGUGAGGUUCUCGUUCUCAGCAAGUGACCUCGGCUGAAGCUUUCUGAUUAUUUCAUCCGUUCUUGUUCGAGUCAGUCUCG